AUGAGUUUUUGGCUGAUUUCGGUGGGAUCCACCAAAGCUGAAAUCUGGGAUGGGCUGUGCAAGGCGUUGCCAGACGUCGACAAGCAUAAGAUGCAGGUCAUAAUCCACGCGAAGGUGUUGUUCACCGUCUUGAGAAAGAAGUUUCGGAGGGAGGCGGAUCUGGCGAGAUUUCCUAUCAAGAGCACACUGUCAGAGCUUGUCAACAUGAUUCAAGAUCUUGUCCAUCGUACAGACGAGGAGCUGAAGGUGAAACUGAUGGAUUACAACUCUAUCAAGUCUUCACUCGGAGCGUGCGAGAGGAAAACUCAGGGAAGUCUGAAUGCGGCUUCUAUCACUCCAUACGUCAGAAAAGAUGAUUUUGUGUCCUCGGAGAAGCUAAACACAGUCUUCUGUGCUGUUCCCAAGUUUGCCGUAAACGAUUUUCUCAAUAACUAUCAAACAUGGGGUAAAUUUCAGACGGAAAAGAUGGGAGAAAUCAACGGUGUUGUGCCUGGCUCUGCCAAGGAGUUGGCUUCAGAUUCAGAGUACAGCCUGUACAGAGUAGUUGUGUUUAGAAUGGCUGAGGAUGAGUUCAAGACUGAGGCUCGCAAUGGGAGAGUGACGGUGAGAGAUUUCACCUAUCAGGAUGGCCAGCAAAGAGCCGAUGAAGAGGAGCUGUCGAAGCUGAAGAAGGAGGAAUCCCAGGCCAAGGGCAAACUUGAGAGGUGGUCAACCACGUCCUUCUCCGAGUGCUUUCGCGCGUGGAUUCACCUCAAGGCCAUUCGCGUGUUUGUGGAAUCAGUCUUGCGAUAUGGAUUGCCGCCGAAUUUUCAGGCGAUGUUGAUUAAGCCAGGAAGAAACGAAGACAGAGUCCGCAAGACACUCAAUAGCACGUACGCGGUGCUUGCAGCCCCAGGAUUGGAGAAGGCACUUGAGGAUGGUCCUGCGCAGUCAAGAUUCUAUCCUUACGUCGACAUUGAGAUCAAGUACACAGCGAUGACGGAUUGA